AUGUUGUUCCGGUUUUCUUGCUUCUCCUGUUUCCUCUCCGCAAUAAGAAACCGGCAUCCGCUGCCUGCCGCCUCGGAGGUUGAUGAGCUCGUGGUGUUUCUGUUAUCACCGAAGCACGGUGACGAGUUCAAGGCUUGUAUUCCGACAGGCUUGUAUACAAUUAAUUAUAGGGAAGCAUACGGGAUCUUUGCGUGCAAUGGCAUUCUCUUCAACCACGAGUCACCUCGAAGAGGUGAAAACUUUGUGACUAGGAAGAUCACAAGGGCAGUGGCCCGGAUCAAGAUUGGUCUUCAGAGAAAACUGUUCUUAGGUAAUUUACAUGCUUCAAGAGACUGGGGGUUUGCAGGAGACUACGUGGAGGCAAUGUGGCUUAUGCUACAACAAGAAAAGCCAGAUGACUACGUAGUGGCAACUGAGGAAUCACACACAGUGGAGGAAUUUAUUGAGAAGGCAUUUGUGUGUGUAGGUUUGAACUGGAAAGAUCAUGUUGUAAUUGAUAAGCAGUAUUUUAGGCCUGCAGAAGUUGAUAAUUUGAAAGGUGAUUCCAGUAAGGCAAGAAAGGUUCUUGGAUGGAAACCUAAAGUUGGGUUUGAGCAGUUGGUGAAGAUGAUGGUUGAUGAAGAUGUCCAGUUGGCAAAAAGGGAAAAAGUUCUUGUUGAUGCAGGGUACAUGGAUGUCAGCCUUGAUAUUGAUUUGAUGUUGGUUUAA